GUGAAGAGAUUGCUCUUGUUUUUCUUAGAAGGCCACCAGUCCUUAAAAGGACCUUCUUCAUAUGACCUCAUUUAAGCUUAAUUACUUCUUAAACGCCCGAUUUCCCAAUACAGACACACUGGGGGCUAGGGUUACCAGAUGAAUUUUUGGGGAGGACUCAGUCCACUGGAGAUGACAUUUAGGAAGCAACUGGAUCUCUGCUGACUCAGUUUUCGAUUACAUCAAGGAAUUACUGGGAGUAGCUGAGUACCACCAUGGAGGCCUGCAGAAUGGAGGGAGAGAGUAAGGAGAAGCUGGCAUCUGUGUCCAGUCUGGCGACCGUGUUUGAAAACAGCAGAACUCCAGGUGCAGCAUCCAGAGUCUGCAAGCUGGAGAUCGAACAUCACUGCCCUGGGGGCAGGGCUCCCCCACCUGCAGAGCCAUGGAAGGAGCCCAGCCUUGGGGAGACCCUGCAGAGGUCCGAGCCCAGGAUGGUUAGCAGGCGGUACCUGAGCUCCCUGAAGAACAAGCUGUCCAGUGGGGCCUGGAGGAAAUCUUGCCAGCCUGGGACCCACGCUGGGCUAGGGACACAGGAGCCUGAGGAAAAGAGGAUCGUCCAGGAGCUCCUGGAGACAGAGAAGGCCUAUGUGGCCCGCCUCCAUCUGCUAGACCAGGUGUUCUUCCAGGAGCUGCUGAGGGAGGCCCGAGCCAGCAAGGCCUUCCCCGAGGACGUGGUCAGGCUCAUCUUCUCCAACAUCUCCUCCAUCUACCAGUUCCAUGCACAGUUCUUCCUCCCGGAGCUGCAGCGGCGGCUGGAUGACUGGACAGCUACCCCCCGCAUCGGUGAUGUCAUCCAGAAACUGGCCCCAUUCCUGAAGAUGUACAGUGAGUAUGUCAAGAACUUUCAGCGAGCGGCUGAGCUGCUGGCCAGCUGGACUGACAAGUCUGCCCCCUUCCAGGAGGUGAUCACCCGCAUUCAGAGCAGCGAGGCCUCCGGCAGCCUGACUCUGCAGCACCACAUGCUAGAACCUGUGCAGAGAAUCCCACGCUAUGAGCUGCUGCUCAAGGAGUACGUCCAGAAGCUGCCAGCCCAGGCUCCAGACCGGGCCGAUGCUCAGAAAGCACUGGACAUGAUCUUCUUGGCUGCUCAGCACUCCAACGCAGCCAUCACUGAGAUGGAGCGGCUGCAGGACCUGUGGGACGUGUACCAGCGCCUGGGCCUCGAGGAUGACAUAGUGGACCCCUCCAACACCCUGCUCCGCGAAGGUCCCGUCCUCAAAAUCUCCUUCCGCCGCAGUGACCCAAUGGAGCGCUACCUUUUCUUGCAGUUCAACAAUAUGCUGCUCUACUGUAUAUCCAAGGUCAUCCAGGUGGGCUCCCAGUUCCAGGUGAGGACCCGCAUCGACGUGGCCGGAAUGAAGGUGCGGGAGCUGACUGAUGCGGAGUUCCCCCACUCCUUCCUGGUGUCAGGCAAGCAGCGUACUCUGGAGCUGCAAGCCCGGUCCCAGGAGGAAAUGAUUUCCUGGAUACAGGCCUGCCAAGCGGCCAUUGACCAGAUCGAGAAGCGGAAUGAAACCUUCAAGGCUGCGGUCCAGGGCCCUGAGGGAGACACCCAGGAGCAGGAACAGCUGCAGUCCGAGGAGCUGGGCCUCCGGGCACCACAGUGGGUCCGGGACAAGAUGGUGACCAUGUGCAUGCGUUGCCGGGAGCCCUUCAACGCCCUGACGCGCCGCCGGCACCACUGCCGCGCCUGUGGCUACGUGGUGUGCGCCAAGUGCUCCGACUACCGGGCUGAGCUCAAAUAUGAUGGCAACAGGCCCAACCGAGUGUGCUUCCACUGCUACACCUUCCUCACUGGAAACGUGCUCCCCGAGGACAAAGAGGACAAGAAGCGGGGCAUCCUAGAGAAAGGGUCCACGACAGGGUCCGAGCAAAGCAUCAUGUGCAGCUUCCUGCAGCUGAUUGGGGACAAGUGGGGAAAGAGCGGGCCCCGGGACUGGUGUGUGAUACCCCGGGACGACCCCCUCGUCCUCUAUGUCUAUGCUGCCCCUCAGGUCAUAAAAGCUUUGCCCAGUGGGCAGCCAGCCCUCCUCCACCGUGAUGCCCUCCCACCAGUCCACCCUGCUUCCUGGGUGUUUGGGGAGCAAGAGGACAUGCGGGCUCAUACCUCCAUCCCCCUGCUGGGCUACCAGGUGACUGCGGGGACCCAGGCUGACCCUCGGGUCUUCCAGCUGCAACAGUCAGGCCAGCUUUACACCUUCAAGGCUGAAACUGAGGAGCUGAGGGACCGCUGGGUGAAGGCCAUGGAGCGGGCGGCCAGUGGCUGGAGCCCAAGGGGGCCCAGUGAUGGAGACCUGUCCGACUGACCCCCAGCCGACCACUCUCCCCUUCAGAGCCUGGCUCCUGCCUGGGGCUGACCCUGUGGCGUCUGUGAUCCACUAUUCCACGCUGAGCUUUCAAAUAACCAAUUUCCAGGGGCACCUGGCUGGCUCAGUCUGUAGAGCGUACAACUCUUGAUCUUGGGGCCAUAAGUUUGAGCCCUGUGUUGGGUAUAGAGAUUACUUUAAAAAAAAAAAAAAGAACUUUAAAAAACAAACAACCGAUUUCUAGUCAUUGGUACCCAGACGGUGUAUCUUGAUCUGGGAUUCAGAAAAUGUGGGUCUGUUCCUUUGGGGAGGGGGUGACCAAGUAUCCCUGUUUGCCCAGGGCUGAGGGGUUUCCCGGGGUGUAGGACUUACAGUGCUAAUACCUGGAAAGUCCCAGAUAACCCAGGACUGUUGGUCACCAGUACGGUUCGCCACUGGGCUGUACAUUAGCAUCACCUGGGAAGCUUCAAACAAAACAAAACAAAACAAUGAAGGGGCGCCUGGGUGGCUCAGUUGGUUAAGCGUCUGCCUUCAGCUCCGG